AAAUCGUGUGUCGUGUUGCAAUGCUCUAUUUAUAUGUUGUUGUUUUUCUAGUUGUAUUUUUAAUGACCCUAGUGUCAUUAUGAACUUAUGAAUUUCAUUAUGGAUUUCUAGCGAGUUCGGGGUCGAUUGGACGAAGAUCGGGCGCGAGGCAAGUCAAUCGUCGGUCGCCGACACCGUUCUUCCGUCGUCGGCUAACCUCCCGUCGCCCUCAAUCGUCGGAAAACAAGUAAGUUUACUUUUUCCGGCCAGUUUUCCGGUAAGUUUUCAAGUUUUCCGGCGAAAAACACGGAGGGCCGAAAAAAAAUUGCGGCCCGAACGUCGCCGAGCCGAAAAAAAUUUGUGGCCGGGACGACGGCCGGCCGAAAAAUUCUUUCGGCCCGGCGACGCCACGGCCGCAAAUUUUUUUCGGCCGGCCGACGAACACGCCGCCGGAAAAUUUUUGGCCGGCGUGUUCGGCGACAGGCCGAAAAAAAAUUCUUUCGGCCCGACGUCGCUCCGGCCGCAAAUUUUUUUCGGCCGGCCGACGAACACGCCGCCGGAAAAUUUUUGGCCGGCGUGUUCGGCGACCGGCCGAAAAAAAUUUGCGGCCGUGGCGUCGCCGGGCCGAAAGAAUUUUUCGGCCGGCCGUCGUCCUGGCCACUAAUUUUUUUCGGCUCGGCGACGUUCGGGCGGCAAUUUUUUUUCGGCCCGCCGUGUUUUUUGCCGAAAACUGGAAAACUUACCGGAAAACUGGAAAACUGGCCAGAAAAAGUAAACUUACUUGUUUUCCGACGAUUGAGGGCGACGGGAGGUUAGCCGACGACGGAAGAACGGUUCCGGCGACGGAGGCACUGGGAAGGAAGGGAAAAUUCAAAAUUAAAUUUUUUUUUUUUUACCGGCGACGGAGGCACUUUAUGAAGGAAGAGAAAAUUCAAAUUUUGAAUUCCUUUUUUUUUUUUAGUUGGCGGCAAAUAGCAAUUUGAUUGGCGGCAAAUAGCCGUUCACAAUUUAUAACACUUUCUUUGGUGCUUUAUAUAUAGUCGAAAUUGAAACUUCGGUUAUCGGUUAGCCGAAACACCCCCAAAACCUCACCGACCGGAAUAAACUUUUGGUUAACCGGCCUACCGAUCGCACGUUUUUGGUUUGUGUCGCAAUUAACCGCGAAACCGAAAAAUUGUUGGUGGUGUCGGUUUAAACCAGUAACCAACCGGACAACACCCCAACCUGCAUAGAAAAUCAUAAUUCUACACAUCAUCCAUCAAUUAAUUUCAAUGUAUAAACAUUUAACAAAAAAAUUUAAUUAACAAAUAAAAAAUCUAGCAAAAUUAAAUUGUUAAAGUUGCGUAAUAUUGAAAGCCACCUUAUCCUUUUCUUCUUCGACCCCCUUACCCACAAAUAAUUAGGGACCUUCCCUUUUCGUCUUUUACGUUCAAGUUUCAAACACGACAACCCUAAUUAAUUAUGACCAUAAAUCAAUAAUUUGUUAUAAACUCUUUUCCAAGAAAGAAGACUGGAAGAUUGAAAAAUAAGAGCAUUAAUUUGCUCGAAAAUGGAAAGAGUAUUAAUAAUUUGCCCCUUCUUUUACUGCUUUCCACAAAUACAGGGAUAUGAAUUUGCUCAAAAAUAGGAAAGAGCAUUAAUAAUUCCAAUCCCCCAGACCCAACAUUUGACCCGCCAACACACUCAUUACCUUUUUAAUUUGAAGUUUUGAACGUUUGGAUGUGGGAUUUCGGUUUGGGUUGGUUAGCCGGUUAACCACGGUUAAUUAUCGUCAGUUAUUCGGCUAACCGACUCCUUCCUUUUCCCAUCCAACUACCGACCGUCAAUGUCUUCUGUCGGUUUUUGGUUAGCUGGUAACCAACCGACUUUGGUUAUAACCGACCGAAUUUCGAUUAUAAUCGAUCGAUUUUCGAUUAUAACGAACGAUUAUCUGUUAACCGGUAACCGAUUGCCAACCCAAAUAAAGAGACAUAAUGGUUCAUGAGGCCCUUGAAAUAUUCAGGAUUUUAGAUGGUAACAACUGUUCAUUUGAGUUGAUAAAUUACAACACUUUAAUAGAAAGACUCAAUCGAAGUGGCUAUGUGAAGACCACCAAUGCCUAAAAGUCCAAUAAAUAAACAUGAAGUUAUUGAACUUCAAAUAUGUGUUUUCAUUUUCCCAUUUCCUUUUCCGUUCUUUCAAUUUGUUAUGCAAGUGUCCUGAAUAUAAUAUGGUAAUUUAACAUUAAAAGUUGCUAAACCUUUAUGAAUCACUACUAUACAAUUCUUGUAAUGAAUAGAAACCUCUUAUAGUGCUAUCUUCAUCACAAGUUCGGAUUCUUCUUAAAUAAUCUCUUGCAAAAUUGUACAAUUUCCGACAAGACUCUUGACCACCCACCUUUUGUAGAUAAACAAAGGAAAAUUACACUGAACAAGUUAACAACUCAUGCACUUUAGCAGAUAGACAACAACAUAAGAAGAGCAUUAACUAGUAUUUAAUAGAUAUUACCUAUGACACCAAGCUUGCUUGCUCUUGGGUGAAUACAAAACUUACAAGGGCGGAUAAUUCGAGCUCGUCAAUGAACAUUGAUAACUUUAUGCAAUUUGCAUAAAUAAUAACAAUAAAAUAAAAUAAAAAAUCUUGUGAUAGAAUAGACAUUAACAAGUUGCAAUUAGAGGGUUCAAUGCAUAGGUUCGAGUCUAUAAUUUUUGGAUCACAAUGAUUACAAUCAACCAGAAAAUAAAAAAAAUUCCAAAUAAAUAUAGACAAUUUCAUAUUGAUUACCUGGAAUUUCAAGCAGUCCCGAAAUCAGUGUCGAGUAAUACAAUUGCUUUGCUGCAUUUCAUGACCACGGUUCCUAUAGCUUCAGCAGAAAGAAGAGAUAAGUUGUAGAGUUAUAAGCUUCAACAUCUUUCUUCAAUUUCUCAAAUUGCGAAGAAUGAACGACCUUAGUUUUUGAACAUAUGUCAACAAUAUCAUUUGGGUUCAGAUGGGUUAUUUUUGGUUGGUUUGAGUUGGAUCAGUUGGUAAAUUUGGAUGGUGAGGUGGUAACUAUUGUUAAUUAUUUGGAUGACAUAGUCCGUUGACAAGGUGGGUUUAAAUUAUUUUUUAGAUGAAGAUAAAUGAAACGAUAAUUUCAUCAUACAUUUGGAUCCAUGUUAUCAAAUUGAGCUAAAUGAGAAUUGCAGGACUAUUUUGUACAAAUCCAAAAUUUUGUAAUGGCUAAUGCUAAUCAUCCCAUAAUGAAAAGUAAAACGUGUUUGUGGGGGAUAUCGGAUAUGGAACCCUCGAGAAACAUAAACAAAUAUCAAUAGUACCACCAAUAAAGAUUUUUAAAAACAAGUGAGAGCUAAGAACUUCAAAAGUCCCCUGAAUCAGACGAAGACACGUGUCAAAAUAUUUUGAACGUGCGUCUUUAUGGAAUUUUUAAUCGUUAUUAGCCGCCACAGAGAAGAUAGAUAAGCUAAUAGAUUAGAACGAGAAGCAAACAACCUACCAAAAUAUUAAAAAAAAUGGUGAAAAAUUAAAAGGUUUCGACUAUAUGAAGUAACCACCUCCUCUUUCCCCCUUCUUUCUCUCUCUCUCUCUCUUUGAUUGAGAAAAAAAUGUGCAGAUGAAACAAGGGGGAAAGAAAAUUCUUUCUCGGGAGCCAAUCUAUUUUCUGGAAAUUCUCUGCUCCCUCCCUUUCCUUCUUCAUCUCGCAGAAUUUGCACCUCCAAAUCCAGAUAAAAUUCUCCAGCCUUUUCUCAACUCUUGGUUUGAAUUAUUUCAGAUAAUUCUGAAGCUCGACUAUGGUGUAGUUUGAAUGUAAUGCGGUUCAUCCAUGAUCUUACAUGUUGUUGUUGUCUUCUCUUCUAAUCUCUCUAUAUUUUGAAUCUUGACCACGAUCGAGCUUUCUGAAUUAUUCCUUAUUAUUGUUGUCCCUCUACAAUCAUCCAAUUCGAUUGUAGAUUCUAAGGUUUUUUGCCGAAUUGUUGGGUCAAAAAAUUAUGUUAAAUUAGUGAUUUUCUCCUUCAGAGUUCAGAGACAAGUUUAUUACAAAACCAUAGAGAUGCCUUGCAAAAUUUAAAGCAAUUCUGGUAUAUUUCCUCAAUUUUGGGAAGGAGGCCUAUGAACUAGAGUUUUGAUAAGCGAUGGAUCAUCUUGUCGGUGGAAAAUUCAAACUCGGCCGAAAGAUCGGCAGUGGAUCUUUUGGGGAGCUAUACAUUGCUGUCAAUGUCCAGACGGGAGAUGAAGUUGGUGUGAAGCUGGAGCCUGUGAAGACUAGACAUCCUCAGCUACACUAUGAGUCUAAAAUUUACAUGAUUCUCCAAGGGGGAACUGGAAUUCCCGAGCUCAAGUGGUUUGGUGUUGAGGGUGACUAUAAUGUCAUGGUCAUAGACCUUCUGGGGCCAAGCCUAGAAGACUUGUUCAACUACUGUAACCGAAAAUUUUCUUUAAAGACGGUUCUUAUGCUUGCAGAUCAGUUGAUUAAUAGAAUUGAGUAUAUGCACUCAAGGGGUUUCCUCCACCGUGAUAUAAAGCCUGACAACUUUCUAAUGGGGUUAGGACGCAAAGCUAAUCAGGUGUAUGUUAUCGACUACGGGCUAGCAAAGAAGUAUAGGGAUCUUCAAACUCAUAAGCACAUACCAUAUAGAGAGAACAAAAAUCUUACAGGAACAGCUAGAUAUGCUAGUGUUAAUACUCAUCUUGGAGUUGAACAAAGCAGAAGAGAUGACUUGGAAUCCCUCGGAUAUGUACUCAUGUAUUUCUUAAGGGGAAGCCUUCCAUGGCAGGGUCUGAAGGCUGGAACGAAAAAGCAGAAGUAUGAUAAAAUUAGUGAAAAGAAGAUGUUGACACCAAUUGAGGUUCUUUGCAAGUCAUAUCCGUCAGAGUUCACAUCAUACUUUCAUUAUUGUAGAUCCUUAAGGUUUGAAGAUAAGCCUGAUUAUGCAUAUUUGAAAAGGCUGUUCCGUGACCUUUUUGUUCGCGAAGGAUAUCAGUUUGACUACAUAUUUGAUUGGACCAUAUUGAAGUAUCCGCAAAUAGGCUCCAGUUCUAGAAGUCGGGCUAGUGGCACAACAGGACCAAAACCACAAGCAACAGGUGAAAAACCAGAAAAGGCAUCAGGGACUCGUGAAAGGCCAAUGUCAGGAGGUGUAGAUGCUUUAGCAGGUAGAAAGAGUGCUUCUGGUACAGGGCAUCGUGAGCGCUCAAAGCACAGGCAAGCCGAGGAUGGAUCAUCCUCCAAGGACAAUCGAUCAGACGUUGAGAAAAGCCGACCAUCUUCCUCACGGAAUAUGUCAAAGAAAGCAGUUGCAUCCUCCAGUAGAUUGAGCUCAUCAAACGUAGGGAGUGAAAGUCGAUCAAGCUGGCUCUUCUCCAAUAGCAGUCGCCUCUCAACUACUCAAAGAAUCCACUCUGGUUCUGAUACAAAAGCCCCAUUAGCAUCCCACCACCAAGGUGGCAGCACUCCCCGAGAAUCAGCUCGCACUGAACAUCAGCUUCGUAGCUUCGAUAACCUUGUCAUUGAUGCAGACAGGAGGAGGCAAUGAAACCAAUCCAAGGGAACUCAUUUUUACCCUUCCCUGGUACUAGAAUUCACUACUGACGAAUUCUCCUCCCUCCUCUCUCCUCCUUCUACUCCUAUCUCACCUCUUUACUCAUCCACUUAUUUCUUGAAUACGAAAAAACCAAAUCAAGAAAAGAAGAAAAUAAAAAAGGAAGAAAGAAAAAGAUAACCAAAGAAAGAUUGGGAAUGAGCUUUCUAAGAAAGCCAUGAAUUGUGUAUGUGUUGGAGGUUGUGUUUGCAGGUGUUAUUAUGCUCUAAUAUAGAUGUAAAGUUUUUGAAAGAACAAUUGUGGCAUGUUGGUGUAAAAAAAAUAUUAAUGGAGAUCCUGCCAUGCCCAACAUCCUUCAUAUGUUAUUGCUCUAUAAUAUUCUUUUCCUUUACAUGGAUGGACCAUCAAGCUAAUUAUAGUCAUUUGUACUAAACCAAUUAGUUCUUA